CGCACUUUCAAAGUGGUCCUCCACAAACAUAUAAAUAUUGCUUUGGUGGCCUUCAUCCUCUAUCUCUUACCACUUCGCCUACUGCCACUAUGAACCCAGCCACCCGAAAGCGCGUAGCAGACGACCUAGAAGACAGCGAAGACAGUGAAGUCAAGCGAGUGAAAAUGGACGAUAGCGCCAUAAAAAACGACCCAGACUUUACACUUGAACCCGAACUCGAUGGAAUGGGACUCCAGAAAUACAAAUGUUUAUUUGAUGGCGAGUCCAUCCUUCCCGGCUUUUACGCCCGCCACAUUGGGUCGAAAAAGCAUAAUCAUGCUAAAGAGAAAAGUAAUGGAUCUUGCCCUGUUCGUUCGCCCAUACCUGAUGCCUUUCAGAUGCACUUCGCAGAACACGCAGGGCAAAGAGAUGGGGGUGCUCAAUCAUCAUCAAUGUACAGCGGCCCGGCGACACCAAACACCAUAGAGAAUGUUGUAGGAGACGAUCUGGCUGCAGCCCCGUAUGGCACCAUUUCCCCUUACUGGACGAAGACCUUGAUCUUGAUCACUGCCUGGACAUGGGGAAGUGACUUUAUGACAACCAAUGUGCCAGUUUUGCCUCCGGCAGAUGAGGUUUCAUCGUCAUCAGAUGGAGUACCUCCUUCAUCUUACUCCUCCAUUUACUUUGAUUUCGAUUUUUAUGAUGAGAUCUAGUGUUUCACUUCCACUACCAACCAUCCCGUAUAUGUUGUGCUCUCUAUUAUCGACUCACCAUCUAUCACACCAUACAACUUUAUGACUUUACGAACUACACGCAUUCGUUCUACUGG